AUGUCUCAAAGGGAGCCUCAGUCAUCUAAUCAGACUUUAAUUUCCAUCACCAAUGACACAGAAACCUCCAGCUCUGUCGUCUCCAACGAUACCACACAUAAAGGAUGGACCGGAGACAACUCUCCAGGAACAGAAGCACUGUGUGGCAUCUACAUCACUUAUGCUGUGAUCAUUUCAGUGGGCAUCCUCGGAAAUGCCAUCCUCAUCAAAGUCUUUUUCAAGACUAAAUCCAUGCAAACAGUUCCAAAUAUUUUCAUCACCAGCCUGGCGUUUGGAGAUAUACUACUUCUGCUGACUUGUGUGCCCGUGGAUGCAACUCACUACCUGGCAGGAGGAUGGCUGUUUGGGAAGCUCGGUUGUAAAGUGCUCUCCUUCAUCCGGCUCACUUCGGUCGGUGUGUCCGUGUUCACUCUAACAAUUCUCAGCGCUGACAGAUACAAAGCCGUCGUGAAGCCUCUAGAGAGGCAGCCCUCCAAUGCUGUUCUGAAGACCUAUGCGAAAGCUGGUGGCAUCUGGAUCAUGUCUAUGAUAUUAGCUCUGCCAGAGGCUAUAUUCUCAGAUGUGUACCCUGUCCGAGAUGCUAAAAGAAAUGUGACCAUUGAAUCGUGUAACUCCUAUGCUGCGUCUGAGAGGCUCAUGCGGGAAAUACAUUCUCUGUUGUGUUUCUUAGUGUUCUAUAUUAUCCCGCUCUCAAUUAUCUCUGUCUAUUACUCUUUGAUUGCCAAGACGCUUUACAAAAGCACCUUGAAUAUACCAACUGAGGAACAAAGACAUGCCCGAAAGCAGAUCGAAUCCCGGAAGAGAAUUGCCAGAACGGUUUUGGUGCUGGUGGCUCUGUUCGCUCUCUGCUGGCUGCCGAAUCACCUCCUGUAUCUCUACCACUCGUUCGCUUACAAAAGCUAUGACGAGCCCUCGAAUGUCCCUUUCAUCGUCACCGUUUUCUCGCGAGUGCUGGCUUUCAGUAAUUCCUGUGUGAACCCCUUCGCUCUCUACUGGCUCAGCAAGACCUUCCAGGAUCACUUUAAAGCUCAGCUCUGCUGCUUCAAGGCAGAGCAGACUGAGCCUUCUCUUGGUGACACCCCUCUUAAUGAUCUCACUGUGAUAGGGCCAGUCCCAGGGACUGGGAGCACUCAUGUGUCUGACAUUAGUGUGACCCUGGUCAGUGGCUGUGGCGUGAAGAAGGCAGAGGAUAAGGUUUAG